AUGUUUUCUAAAGUAAUAAAAUGGCAAGUAGCGCGGGCGCGGGUGCGGGUGCGGUUGCAGCCAUGGCCGGCUGAUGGACCCGGGCUGGUGGUCACCGUCGCCGUCGGCUUCCCCGCCGCCGCCGCCCCGCGCCCCGCCACCCCGCUGUCGAUGCCGACAACCGUUCUCCACCAGCUACACUUGUUUGCCACACUAUGGGGCAAAAAGCGACUGCCACCUUCAAUGGUCACCUGCAACUCAAAAAAUGAAAGCGAAGUUAAGAACUCCAGAAUCGCAAUUGGCGUUAAAACUCUUAGUGUGCCCCAACCCCUAGAAUUAGCUAACAGAUCAGAGACUUUUUUACGUGAGUGGGAACUAGGAGGAGCCAUGUCGUUUCAAUGGCCGCCUCGAAUUCGCGCAUUUCUGACGCCGUUGGACACUUCACAAGAAUAUCUACCGCGUCGUCAUUGCGGCAACCCUCGCAAUAAAGAUACGCGGGUAUUAACUUCAAGCUUAUACGAAGCAGAUGGGUGGCCAGACGGGGAGGAAGAAUCUACGGGCGGUGCGCUGCGUGAACGCGAGCUGCGUUCGCUUCAUCGUACCGUACCUGCCUUACGUCGCCGUGAACUUGACACGAGGGCUAUCAAGCAUCAUUUCUAUCCAGAAGGUGGAUGGGGGUGGAUUGUAUGCGGUGCCGCUUUCCUUGCCCAUCUACUGUCUACUGGACUGCAGCUAGCCUAUGGUGCUCUUCAUGUUUACGCUUUGAGACAUCUCGGUUCUCACGCUGACCAUGUCGUUUGGGCGGGCGCUAUCUGCGUGGGAGUUUCCCGUGCCGCAGGCGCCCUUGUAGCGGGUCAACGAAGAUCACCGAGGCUUAUAGCUCUGCUUGGAGGUCUGUUACUGCCCCUGGCUUGUCUUUUCACUUCGUUCGCAACGCAGUUUCAUCAAACUUUACUUAGUUAUGGUGUGGUCCUCGGCGUUGGUUGCGGUCUAGUUAGGGAGGCGGCUGGUCUAGUACUAGGUGCCUACUUUAGAAGAAGGCGGCAAUUCGUGGAGUUGGUAGCCCACGCCGGCGGAGGAGUCGGCAUCGCUCUCUUCAGUGUCGCUUAUAAAGAAGCUGUCGGGAAAUUAGGUUGGCGCUUAGGUCUACAGGCAGUGACUGGAGUCCUCGUUUUGGCUUUCUUUCUGAGCGCUGUGUACCGCAGCGCUUCUCUUUAUCAUCCGCAACGACGUGCCAUUUUGCAUCUUAAAAACCAAAGACGAAAAGUAAAAGAGAAAAAAGCCUUAAAAAGAACACCGCUUAUCGAUUUAAGCUCUCUUCAAUCGAGACCUGCAAAAGUUUUGUUAUUAGCGGCCGGGGUGGCUGCGUUUGGAGUUUACACUCCAGUGUUUUUUUUGGCUUUACAAGGAUUUCAAGAAGGAUUGGAAGAAAGCGCUUUAGUGCUACUUCAAACUUUUUUGGGCUUCGCUGCUGUGCUCGGUUGUGCUGGCUUUGGGCUUGUGCUAGUACGACCGUCAGCGCAGUGUCUCGUCUCAAAACAGUAUUUGUGCCAAACUGCAUUGCUAGGCAUAGGUAUUUCCAUGCUCGCUUUAAGCAGUGUUGAAGGUUAUCACGGCUACGUGCUAUUCGCAUGGAUGUAUGGACUUUGUUUAGGCGGAUUUUUGUAUUCCAUGAAGAUGCUCACAAUGGAACGCGUUCGCGGCCGGCACUUCACGAAAGUUUGGGGCUUUGUGCAAGGCGCGGAAGCAAUUCCUGUAAUUGUAGGUGUACCCAUGACUGGAUAUAUCAACCAACAGGUACCAAGAGCAGGCUUCUACUUCUCAACAGCGGCAACAUUAGCUGGAGCAUUACUCCUAUUCUUUGUUGGAUAUUCUAAGAGAGAGCCAGAGCCUCCACCUCCUGCACCUGCUCCAACCGUAGCUGAGUCGUGUCCAUGUGUGACACCACCACCGAGAUGUGAACCUGCAUGGUGUGCCUGCAGCGCUGGAGGAGCAACUGCAUACUGCGCUUGGCCCGGUCCUACAUGUGGAUCUCGUCUUCCAAAGUCCCUUUCUUACGCUGCACCGCUUGAUCGAGUGUGUUGUUCUGCAGCACAUUGUCCAGAUUGCUACCGCCGGGCUCCUCCACUUCGCCCGUCGCGUAGUGUACCUGAGGGUCUAGCAGCUCGCGGCAAUACCUGGUCCCGCGGCGGCUCUUGUCGGACGGGAUGUCGCCGGAGAGAACACCAUCUCAUUGAACAGAUCACCACAUCCGUAUGA